GAUGAAACACUCAGUGCUUCAUUUCCUUUCUAUCACUUCGUCCGUAGUCUGUUAAACUUUACUUAACUUUGCUGAAAAUGGCAACAGUGAAAUUUAUAGAAACAUCUCCAUACCGUAAACCCAAGCCUCAACCACCUAAAGAAGACUACCUUUUCAAAAAAUAUUCAGAAGAUCUUCAACUGGAAUCGGACAGUUCAAAUGAUACGGUGGUGAGAGUUGCUCUCUUUGGAGCGGGCCGAGCAGGUACCAUCCAUUUGGCAUCGAUAAUUGAAAACCCGCGAUUAAAGCUAGUCUAUCUAGUCGAGGAGGAUUCAAAUAAAGUUUCCAAGAUAAAGAAAUAUUGGCACUUGGACAACGUCACCUGUCUUCAUCCGAAGGAUAUCGACAGGGUCUUGGCAGAUCCCAAUAUCGACGGAGUGAUAGUAGCCACGCCGACCUUUUCCCACGAGGAAAUUGUAACGAGAGCUCUACAAGCGAAGAAGGCUGUCUUCUGUGAAAAGCCUAUUUCUCAAGAACGCAACAACGUAAUGAAAUGUUACGAAACGGCGAACAAAGUUGGAAGACCACUUUUUUGCGCCUUCAACAGGCGAUUUGAUCCCAGUUUUGGGUCUGUACGAGAACGCGUUCGGAAGGGAGACAUUGGUCAUAUUCAAACGAUCAAGCUGACUUCGAGAGAUUCUCCGUUGCCCUCGAUCGAAUAUCUUGCAAGUUCUGGAGGUAUUUUUAAUGAUUGCAUGGUGCACGACAUCGACGUUAUGACAUGGGUCCUCGGGGAAUAUCCGGACAGGGUGAGCACUCAAGCUCACGCACACAUCCCAGAGAUCAAGAAAAUCAACGAUUACGACACAGUAGCCGUAACUCUUCACUUUCCUUCCGGUACCUUGGGUAUGAUCGAUUUAUCCCGCAAUUCUAGUUUCGGUUACGAUCAGCGACUGGAGGUUUUUGGUCCCAAAGGGAUGAUAAUGGCUACCAAUGAGCAACCCAUUCACUGUGUCACUUCUCAACGCGACCUCAGUGGCCUCAACACCGCUCCGAUCUGGUACUCUUUCCCUAGUCGGUAUCGACUUGCGUAUCGGAACGAAAUGAACCAUUUCGUAGACGUAGUUUUGGGAAAAUGCGCGUCCCACGUGCUACCUAAGGAAAUCUUAGCCGUGAGCAGAAUAGCCGCGGCUUGCGAAGAAUCUGCCAGGACGGGCAAAAUGGUCGACUUAAGAUGGGUCGAGGGAGAGCUUCCAGUUUAUCAAUUCUGACCGAUUUCUUCCAAGAAAUAGAAAAGUUUAUUUUCUUCUCUUAAAGCCUACGUAACCGUCACACCGACCCUUAACAUUCUCGGGAAUGAGCGUAUUGUUUCGGUAUCAGUAAAUGGGUAAAAAUUCUUGACCUAAUAGCAUGGGAUACGAUGUUAGUCAAAUAACUCCGAUAAACGUGGUGGUUCACAUAUUUUUAUCAAUAAUAAAGAAAAUACAAUAAAUUGUAUACCCUAGGCGGUCGUUAACGGUACAAAGUACACGUCACUCAUAAAUUGAUUAUAGAUACACCCCAUACAAAAUCAUAGACGCGCCUCUUGUAACGAUUGUACAAAAGAAGCAAUGCAUUCUCCUCGAAGUAGUGGGACAUUUCAUUGUAAUAUGUACAUAUAAAAUGCAAGUCUUGUGCCAAAUAAAGGGCAAAUAAAGAGCAAGGAACUAGUCACUCGCGAGAUUUUCUAAAUUCACGCCAAGAGUCAUAUUUUCAUUGCAAAUGAAACGAUUUUCAUUUUGCCGUUAUUGCGUAUCUUAACUCUGAUAAAUUAGAUCUCUGUUCUCUGUCAAACGGAACGGAGAAUUUUCUUAUUAUCGCAAUAAUAACUGAACGAUAAUCAACAAUAUUUAACUCUCAUGUUGUUUAUUCGGCUUUUCAUUUAUAUUUAACAUUUAUUUUGCAUUGAAUUACCAGCAGCACCGUUCAAAGGAAUUAUUAUCAAUAUGUAACAGGUGCGAGACGCUGGUCCCGCACUGAAACGUUAUAUAAAUAAUUAUAAAUGUUAACCAAGAAUAGAAACGAACUAAUUGGAUGAAACAUGAGAGAAAAACAUUGCUGAUUAAGUAUCGUUCUCGAUGAAUGUGCAUUGAUUAUCGUUUAAUGAUUUAGUUAUGCGGACAUCCCAAAUAUACACCAAAUUGAUUUUCAGUCCACGUAAUUAAAAAUUAUGCAGGAUACAGCCAGGCAAAUUUAACGUAGCAUGACAGCUUGCAUAUAUCUUAUUCCCGGGUGAUGUAAAUCCGACAUCUCAUUGAUUAACUGGCACCAAUGACUCGUGCCUCUCUACCAGAUUUGAAACAUUACAUUUCAUCUCACAUGACGAAUGAGACCCGUAGUAGAUACUAGAUGACAAAUUACGUGAUUCCUUUUCUGGUCCAUUUUACAUCCCACCAUCGGUCUAACUUCAACGAAGGACGUAAAAAAAUGCAUUUCAAUUACAAUUGCAAUUCAGUUACGGAAGUAAAGAAUUCUUUGAAUAGUUUAGUAUUCUUUUGUUAAUAGAUGUCAAACGAUUAUGUAAAUUAUAUAUCUAGCAGUGAGCGAUGGCACCUAUUAACAAAUAGAAGACUUCGAAAAUAGUAGUGAAAUUAAAAUUUCCUGCUCGAUUACAGUUGCAAUUAAAUUACAUACAUUUUACUACCGAUCGGAACACAUCACUAAUGGCAAUGCAUUAAUAUUAAGGGUCAACAAAACCCUGAUGGACUGUGACCCCAUGAUUUUUUAUGUUUCUUAUUAACAAUUUCCUUUAGUUCCCUGUACCGUUCCUCACAAGGACCAGCGAUAUGAAUCACUUAGAAUUUCAAGGACUUUGCAAAAAGUGCAGCCGUAGCUUGCGCCUUAUCACCAUUGAAUCUGCGAAGCUCAGAAAUUACUUGAGCUCGUGUAAAGCCUAGAGCUUCGAUUUCUUUUACCGUAGCCUCCGUAAAUGGAUCGUGAGCGAGAACGGUAGUUUCCAGGGCAGUAGAUGUACUACUAGAUGAAACGGUCGGGGUCAGUGGACUAUUUACGCCUUGGCCGUCUGUAAUUAAGAAAUGAGUGCACUGUAACUUGUUCCAGUUAUUUGACAAUCUCACUAAAUUUCACAUUUCGCUAACUUUGUACCAAGAAAUUGACAAUUUGUAUACAUCUACUUUAUAACCUAACUGAAUUGAAAAUUGCUUGCGACAGAUAUUUCCGGAAACAAAGAGAAAGAAAACGUAAUUUUGGCAAAUUAAAUUGUAAAUUAUAAAUGAAUAAACUUAUUGAAUUUUAUCUA